AUGUCCUACUCCAACGAGUCGUGUGGGGUGAGCUGCCCGCAGCCCAUCGCCGAGAGCUCCAACGAGCCGUGUGUGCAGCAGUGCCCCGACUCCAGAGCCCUGAUCCAGCCCCCGCCGGUGGUGGUGACCUUCCCGGGCCCCCUGCUCAGCACCUGCCCCCAGGAGAGCUUCGUGGGAUCGUCGGGCCCAGCCUUGCUGGGGCGUUCCUUCAGUUCCCGCAGCUCCUCUGGCUCUGGGGGCUCCUUUGGGCUGGGAGGUGCUGGGGGUUACGGGGGCCCGCUGGCCUUGGGGGGCUCCUCUGGCUAUGGGGGCUCCUUUGGGGCUGGAGGUUAUGGGGGCUCCUCUGGCUAUGGGGGCUCCUUUGGGUGGGGACCUUAUGGAGGUUCCCAGGGCUAUGGGGGCUCCUUUGGGUCUAGAGGUUAUGGACACUUGGGGGGCUCCUCUGGCUAUGGGGGGUCCUUUGGGUCGGGAGGUUAUGGGGGCUCCUCUGGG